UGCUGUGGAGCAGGAGUGUUAGAAGGGCGGCGGCGCCAGGGCUUGGCCCGCGGGGCCUGGCAGCACCUGAUCAUGGAGCCCCAGAAAAUCACGCCGUCCUCAAAGCCUCAUCCACCUGUCGUGGGCAAAGUGACUCAUCACAGCAUUGAAUUAUACUGGGAUCUGGAAAAGAAAGCAGAGCGGCAAGGGCCUCAGGAGCACUGGCUUAGGUUCUCGAUUGAGGAAGAAGACCCCAAAAUGCACACUUACGGUAUCAUUUAUACGGGAUAUGCAACAAAGCACAUUAUCGAAGGUCUGGAACCAAGGACACUGUAUAGAUUUCGACUGAAGGUCACCAACCCCUCUGGAGAAUAUGAGUACAGUCCAGUCAUCUCAGUGUCUACAACCCGAGAACCCAUAAGUAGCGAGCACUUUCAUCGAGCUGUCAAUGUGAAUGAUGAAGAUUUGCUCAUUCAGAUACUUGAAGGAGGCCAUGUUAAAGUUGAUGUUCCCAAUAAGUUUGGCUUUACUGCUCUGAUGGUCGCUGCCCAGAAAGGAUACACCAGGCUCGUAAAACUCUUAGUUUCCAACGGCACAGACGUGAAUCUGAAGAAUGGAAGUGGCAAGGACAGUCUAAUGCUUGCGUGCUAUGCAGGACACUUAGAUGUUGUGAAAUAUCUCCGAAGACAUGGAGCUUCUUGGGAUGCUAGAGACCUGGGAGGCUGCACAGCCCUGCACUGGGCUGCAGAUGGGGGCCACUGCCCUGUGAUCGACUGGAUGAUAAAGGACGGCUGUGAGGUAGAUGUCGUGGACGCCUGUUCAGGGUGGACCCCACUCAUGCGAGUCUCCGCAGUUUCAGGAAGCCAGAAGGUGGCCUCGCUCCUCAUUGAGGCUGGGGCCAAUGUGAAUGUGAAGGACAAAGAUGGAAAGACGCCUCUCAUGGUGGCUGUGCUGAAUAACCAUGAACAGUUAGUGGAAUUACUACUUGAUAAAGGGGCAGAUGCAAGCAUAAAAAAUGAGUUUGGCAAAGGUGUCCUAGAAAUGGCCAGAGUUUUUGACAGACAGAAUGUGCUCUCCUUGUUAGAAGAAAGGAAAAAGAAGCAGCUGCCCCAGAAGUCUUCUGUCCACUGAUCAGAGCACCACCUGUCUGCAAAAUCCAAGCAAAGCAGAGCAAAACAUGACUGUUGAACACAGAUAUAAGAAAUCCCAUGUCUUUGAAGGUUACUCAUUUAUUUAUUUAGUUGGAGAUUCACAGUGACUUUUUUGUAACAGACAACUGUUCCCACAUAGAAAUACAUCUUUUUACCUAAG